AUGACUAAAGGGAAGGAAAAAGCUGAAGGUGAUGGCUCCACUCGUGAGAGGACCAUCACAUGGGAUGAUGAUCAAACCAAAUUUAUGCUUGGUUGGUUCAUUGACUUUAUGAAAGAGCAAUAUGCUGGUUUCAAGAUAAAAAAACAGCACCAUUUCAAGUGUUCAGAGGCAUUGAAUAGACAGUUCAAUAUGGGGGUAACUGCUACACAAGUUGAGAGACAUUUCAGGCAUUACAAGGAAAAUUGGAAGUUUGUUGCAACUGCCUUAGCCAAGAGUGGUAACACUUUUGACACAACAAGAUCUAUGGUAAUCAUAUCUGAAUCAGAGAAGGCUAAGCUAAAGGAUAGGGCAAGAAGGCUCCUUGCUAAGCCUAUCAAAUUCUUCAAAGAAAUGCAAGAACUAUUCCUGAACAGCAGUGCUGAUGGUUCUCUUGCUAUGGAUGCCACUAAUUGCAUGAAUGACACUCAGGCUAACGACACGCAGGGUGAUAAAGAUAAUGAUUAUGAUGAUGAUAUAUUCAAUGACCUGUCAAACUAUGCUCAUCCUGUAGAUGACCUAGGUGAUGAUUCCGACACUUUACCUUCUCCUAUAAGUGGUCAACCUAGCUUUGCAUCUCAAGUUGCUGAGAAUAGCUCAUCUAGCUCUGGAAUGAAGCGUCUAAGAGCGGAAGAUAAAUAUGCUAAGAGAGAUGUGAGACCAAAGAGCCGUAUGUCAAAAAUAGGAGAUACAAUUGCAACUACUUUAGUGACCCUUCAAAACGAGAUCAAGAAGCCAGUGCCAGCUCCACCUUCUAUGCCUAAUUCUGAUGGUAUAUUGUGGCAAAGACUUGAAAAUAUGACACUAACUACCGAACAAAAGUUGAUGGUAGGAACCUUUCUAGCACAUAAAGAUCAAAAGGGUAUGCGUGGUUUUCUAUCUGGUUCAGCUGAGGUGACAUUUCAAUCAUGGGUAUUCAAAUUUCUUAGUGAUGCGGGGCUGUGAAUUCGCCUAGGUGGUUGGCCGCUUUUGUUUAUGUUCUCAGACUCAUCCAAGAACUUAAUUGAAGAUGGAUGGUGUCAAUGAAGGCUCAUUCUUUUGCACUUCUUCUGGGCUGAUAUAUGAUGGCUAUGAAGAUAGAUGGUGUUGCUCACAGCAAUUUGUUUAGCACUUAGAUGAUGCUUCACACUUUUGUUAAUGCAUACUUUACUAUAAUGUAACUAGUAUAAAACAAUUAUGGUUGUUAUUGAUAUGAUGUGGAGACAUUAUCAAUUUGA